AUGGCACCAAGAUUCUUCAACUGCUCCGUAUCCGAGUGCCAAAGACCGAGCGCACGUGCAGUCGGCGCCGGGUGUGACAUGUGUAGCAGACACUUCUGCGGUGUUCAUCUAUCGAGGGGCUUCCACAAAUGCAAGACUAGGGACCUCGAUGACGCCGCCUACAACGACCUGAUGCUGUCAGAGAUCAGCCUCCUUCGUGCCCAGAUCAACGAAAGCGCAGCGUGUCAACUCGCUUCAAACCUGAACGGUGGAAAACCCUGUGUAUUGGAGUACCCCACCAAGAUUAUUGGGCAGGGUGCCCUCACCGGUUGCGCCAACUACCACGUCCGUAUACGGUUUGACGACGGAUCUCCUUCAUGGCUUAUGCGAGUGCCUCGGGUUACAGGCUUUGCGGUCGGCCUGCCUGUGUCUCUCGCCGAAUACCUGAUCCGCAGCGAGUACGCAACUCUGAAGUUCCUUGAGACCACCGCAGUGCCAGCCCCGAGAGCGUUCUCGUUUGGAAUCCCGUUGCCAGGCACGCCGUGGAAUGGUCAGGGUGACGCGUCCAAGGUCUGGGAUGGACUUGCCGCAAUUUUCGUCGAGCUGGAGAAGCACGAGUUCCAGCAAGCGGGAUCUCUACUCGUCUUAUCUCCUGAAGACCGACCUUCGAUUUCCGCCACCGCCAGCGACAGAUUCGUGUGCCUGAAUCCCUGGGGACCGUUCGACACGUCAGAGGAAUAUUACUCAGCGUGGGCCGAACAGCAUCUGACUCUGAUUGCGGAUGGUCAACUGUAUCCCCAAUUCCCUGUUGAAGCAUACCUGGUCUACCAGUUUCUAAAGGAAAACGCAGCCCAGCUAUCCGAACCUGAGCGUGUCUUUUUUCUGAAGCAUGUCGAUGAUAAGGGUGAUCACCUGCUGGUCGACGACGACCUGAACAUCACGGGCAUCAUCGACUGGCAGAUGGCCCGCAUCGUUCCGCGAAGAGAGGCGUUUGCAUUAUCCCUCGUGUCGGCCGACAUGGGAGCUCUGUGCAAUGGCCAAGUCUCACUUAGUGCCAAGGAUGCUGCCCUGAGCGUUGCCUUGCGCGACAAGAGCGCACGGCUAGCCAAGUAUACAGGGGACGAGAAGGUUCGGAGGUUCUUCUGGGGCCUUGGGCUUGAAGCUGAGUGGGCUUAUGCUCUGCCGUUAGCCAAGGCCAUCCUUGUGGUCUUUGGGGUGGAAGAAGACUGGGAAGAAUGGAGACAGGGAGCUUUCAAGCGGUACGAAAGCGAUGAGCGCCUAAGGGCCCUUGUAAGGGAAGUGAGCAAUGCUCAUAACAGUAGUUAG